AUGUCGCAGGAACGUUCUGCGCCGCCGCCGCCUCCAGCCGAGACUGUCAGCACUACAACGAAAGCGACCACCAAGCCGCCAUCUCAGGUGCCUGCUCCUCGGGCACAGAGCCCUAGGUAUUCUACGAGGGAGGCGCGGGAGACAGCUGAUGGGCUGGAGAGGGCUGCGAGGGCCGCAAGGGAGGAGAAGGAGCGCGAGGAGCUGAUGCGGCGCCGGGAGCAGGAAAGGCUGCGGGAAAUAGCGCUGCGGCAGGAGCAGGCGCGUUUGAAAGCGCUGAAGCGCGAGGAGGAGCGAAAGCGCGAGGAAGAGGCCCGAGCACAGCAAAAGCUGCGGAAUAUGGGCGUUUGCGUUGCAGGGUUCCAGUGGAUCAAAAGUGGGGGAGGCUAUCGCUGCGCGGGAGGCUCGCACUAUGUCAGCAACGCCCAGCUAGGGAUCUGA